AUGGGUGAAGCUUCUUUUAGCAGUCAGUUCUCAUUAGAGACCAGAGCACACACAGGGGAUAAGCACUGUUUGUGUGGGUUGUGGGUGAAGCUUCAGCAUGAGAUCCAGUCUCAUCAGAUUCCAGAAGACACCCACAGGGGAGAAGCCCCAUGUUUGUGGGGAGAGUGGGCAGAGUUUCAGUUAGAAGUCCGAUCUCAUCAGACAACAGAGGACACACACAGGGGUGAAGCCCUAUGUUUGUGGAGAGUGUGGGCGAAGUUUCAGUCAGAAACAGGUGUCAUCAGAAACCAGUGGUUACACAGGGUGGAGAUACCGUAUGUUUGCAUGAAGUUUGGGUGA